CUCUCCCCUUUGCUUCCCUUCUCCCGUUGGUCGCCGUGGAGGAGGAGGAGGGAAGGGAUGGACUCGAGUCGAGACGUUUGGUUGCUCGCUGCCGUUCUCAUGUAUUUGGCGGGAUUAGCGGCCGGUUCUACCUUCAUCUCAGAUACCGUGUUCGAGUUGCAUGGAUCUGCCGGGCGGAGUUUGCUGCAAGCGAAAACGAGUUGUCCUAUCGACUUGGAGGGAAUGAACUACACAAUCAUCACCGGCAAGUGCAAGGGUCCUCAGUACCCUGCCAACCUCUGCUGUGCAGCUUUCAAGGAAUUGGCAUGCCCUUUCGCUGAUCAGUUGAAUGACGAGACCAAUGACUGUGCUUCCACCAUGUUCAGCUACAUCAACCUCUAUGGAAAGUACCCACCUGGGCUCUUUGCCAGCGAAUGCCGUGAAGGCAAGGAAGGGUUGGCUUGUCCUGCGACUCCCCCGGAGUCGGAGGAUGGCAAUGCAAGUGCAGAUUUCACGAGUCAAACCCUCGCCUCCCUCACACUCCUUAUCUGUGCAAUGGUUCUGAUGUUUCUGCUGCAUACUUGAGAAACCGGGAAGAAGUUAUGUUUCUUGACGUUGCAGCGUUGCACUCGUUGUUGUUUCGGUGCUAUCAUCUCCCUUUUUUUAGACAAGACAGCUCAUCUCAUAUCAA